GCCUACUGCAUUUUAAUAAACUGUGAUCCUGCUCAAAUCAAAGCACUUUGUGUAGUAUUUCCAGAAAAAAAGACUAGAUUAUUAGAAUGUAAACUUGUAGCUGAUGAGAAAAGAUCAUUAGAGAAUGAACUAUUUGAGGAUCUAAAAUAUUUAAUGAGAAUUGAUGAAAUAA